AUGGCAGAAAAUCAGGCAAAUCAGUCUGGCUCUGAGCCUGAGGCACCCAAUGAACUAGCAGUUAAGUCUCAGCUCACUCCCAUCGAGCGCUUGCCUCUCGAGAUACGACGAGAGAUUAUUAUGAACAUCCCCGACCUUGUCACUUUGAGAGGCGCGAUCAAGUCUUGCCGCGCUCUUCGAGAUGCCUGCAACCUGGAUCGGGAUCUCGCAGUAGGUGCGGUCUUGUGGCGUCACUCCGAUGAAAACGUCAAACGGCACGCGCUGCUGGCGAUUAGGAGUAGGGAAGUCAAGCUUAGGAAUGUCAAGGGUCAGAAACUCAAUAAACACAAGCGCGACCUUCAAAUAUUCCUGGAUGAGUACAUUUCGGGCGUCAACGACACAACGAAAUAUGAACCCCUCACUCUUUCGGCGACUCCCAAUUUCUUGAGAGCUUUCGGUAGUCUGCAACUGGCCGUGGAGAAGUCGUCAAUCAUCUACGGCCAACGGGUGAUUUAUCUGUUUGAAACUAUCAACAACCUCUUCCCCAUUAUUAACAAUUCUUUCUCGGAGGAUCUGUGGAACGCAUUCAAAAAAGGGCUUGGAGUAUUUGAAGUGGAGAACGCUGAUAAUCUGGUCCAGCUGUUUUUCUCUGAGAAAGUCGAACAUGCGAUUCGAUUGGCUGCUGCGGCUUACAGCAGAGAUCUUCCGUCGCUUGCUGCGCGCGGCCUUGGAGUCGAACUUCUAGUGGGCUCAUUAGAUCAAGGACUUUAUGCCCGUGGCGAAUGGCAUAUAACGCAUACGGAGGCAAUCGAAAAACUUGCGGCAGCAGCAGACAAGAAUAAGUGUUACGCUGAGGAGGAUAUGAAUGACGGGGACAUGUUCGGCAGUCCCAGUAAUUUGUCGAUCAUGGUCGUGGACGACGGAGAACUUAUUACUUAUGAUGUUGAAUCAUGUCUCUGGGGCAUAGAACGCGUCAAAUGGAUGCAAGAGGGUCUGUGA